AUGUUGUUGCCUCUCAGCUGUCUCGGUUAUUUAUCUGUCGUUCUAGGAGCUACUCCUGAUAUUUUUGUUAGUACUAGUGGUGGUGUUAAUAUUAGUGAUUUCAAGUCUUCGUUUCCUCAUGACACUAUUCCUGAUUAUAUUCUGAAAUAUGCUCCCGUCGUUCAUUUAUAUUCCGAGGAGAAAUACUUGCCAUACGAUAUAAAUGAGUAUGUGAAACAUUUCGUUGUUCGUGACGAAACUGGCCAAAUGGUCGCUCCUGUCCCACCUGUCACUCCGUUUACUAUAGGAGAUGUCGUUUAUUCGGUAAAGAAUGCGCUUGGUGGCCUGUUUUUGUCAUCAUCACCACAAGUACCCCUGAAUACUGCACAAACACAAGGAGAAGCACAAGGACAAGGACAAGAAGAUGAAAAAUCUGCUGAAAAUGGCGAUGAAGAUAGUAAUCCUCCUGAUAUAUCUCCUUCAAGGCCGUUGUCGGGCCUGCGUGAGCUGGCGGAAAUCUCGCAUUCCGUUCAGACUCGCAAGCUCGAUCCUAAUAAUCUCUUUCUGUCUGCAGUUGAAGACUACUCUGUAGACCCCGACUGGAUCACUGGAAGAGGCAAUUUGCCCAGUUUUGAGGAUGAUAAGAUUGCUAAUGCUCCUGCUGUGCUUAUUGUAGUUGAUAAGGGCGAUGGGAUAGUAGACGCCUUCUGGUUUUGUUUCUAUUCGUUUAAUCUCGGUCCGUUUGUCAUGGGUGGCGGUCCGUAUGGAAAUCAUAUUGGCGAUUGGGAACACUCGCUAGUUAGGUUUAAAGAUGGUGAACCUGUGUUAUUGUGGAUGUCUGCUCAUGGCGGUGGUUCGGCUUAUGAUUUUGGUGCUUUGGAGAAGCUCAACACCGACAGUAACCGACCUGUGCUCUUCUCUGCUCGUGGGACACAUGCUAAUUAUGCUACUGUAGGCCAGCAUUCUCAUGAUAUACCCUAUCAUAUGUUAUCUGAUUUCACGGAUAGGGGUCCUUUGUGGGAUUUGUCUAAAAAUUAUUUGGCUUAUACAUAUGACGGACACGAGGUACGACUGGCUAAUGGAUCGGAUCCUGGUCGAGAAGACGAAUAUGGCGACUGGCUUAAUUAUCUGGGUCACUGGGGCGAUAAAAAGCUCGCUCCGGAAGACCCUCGUCAGCGCUACCAUCCUUUUGAAUGGCUCAUGAUAGACGGACCCCUGGGACCACUGGCAAAAAAUCUGCUGAGACGGGAUCCAUGCCAAAGAUCGAAAUGGUGGAACUUCUCGAAAUCCUGUCGUAUUAGACACCGACUGCUUAUGGGUGAAGGCAUCGAAAGUGAAGGAGGCGGAUGUGCCCGUGCUCUGGACGCCAUCGGACCAUACUGGCUGCAAUGGCUGCUUCGUGUGGUUACAUCUGGCGGCUUUGGAUGCUAUUUAGUCGACCGCAUUUGGGGUUAG